AUGUUGCCAGUGCAGGGACAAGCAGAAAUUAUCCAGAAGGUCCGCGGGGCCCUGGACAAGUAUGAAUCCAAGCUGAGUGAGAUCAACCAAAAGAUCUGGUCGAACCCCGAGCUGGCUUUCAAAGAAUACAACGCCCACGAUAACAUUUGCGAGAUCUUCGAGUCGCUCGGCCCCGAAUACCAAGUCCAUCGCAAGGCUUAUGGUAUCGAGACAGCGCUCGAAAUCAUCUAUAAGCGGGGAAAUGGCGGACGUGUCAUGGCCUUCAAUGCCGAAUACGACGCUUUGCCGGGUAUGGGCCACGCAUGUGGCCACAAUCUGAUUGCCACGAGCUCCAUCGCUGCAUUCUUAGCUACCUGUGAGACGAUGGGCUCUUUGUACGUAGACCAAGUCGGAUACUCUGUUCGUCUACUCGGAACGCCUGCCGAAGAGGGCGGUGGCGGGAAGCUCCUGCUCAUCAAUGCUGGCGCAUAUAAAGACGUCGAUGCGUGCUUCAUGGUUCAUCCGUUCCCUGUGCUUUCUGGUGCGCCGGACCUCAUCAGCUCGAGUUCUUGCUCUGGGCAGUAUCUUGCGAAUGAUAAGGUCGCAGUGACUUUUACGGGUAAGCCGGCGCAUGCAUCUGCCGCGCCGUGGGAAGGUGUUAAUGCGCUUGAUGCUGUGGUGUCGGCCUAUGUCAGUAUUUCUAUGCUCCGGCAGCAGAUUCUGCCUACGCAGAAGAUUCAUGGUGUUGUGUUGCGGGGUGGGGAGAGGCCGAAUGUUAUUCCUGCUUCUACGACGGUUGAAUAUUAUAUUCGGUCGGACACUGUUAAGACAUUGAAGCCGUUGACUGAAAAAGUGCUUAAAUGCUUUGAGGCUGCUGCAAUUGCUACUGGCUGCACAGUGGAAUACGAAUGGGAGGCUGCAUACAAGGAUAUGAAGAUCAACAAGCCUAUCUGUGACAGCUACGUGUCUGCCAUGAAUGCUAUGGGCCACAGCACUAUUUUCGAUGCCGCAGGACAGGAAGGAGGGUUGAGUGGAGGAUCUACUGAUAUGGGUAAUGUUUCGUACGAAGUGCCUGGCUUCCAUGGUGGAUUCUAUAUUCAUGCAGAUGGGGUCAAUCAUACACCUCAAUUUACAGCAGGUGCUGGAUCUGAAGACGGGUUCCAGCGUAGCUUGCAUUGCGCAGCGGGGAUGGCGGUGGUGGCGUCCAGGGCUUUGGUUGACGAAAACUUUGCCACUGCCAUCAAGUCGGACUUUGAGAAGGGCCUGUGA